AUGUCAAAUUCAGUAAAGAAGCACAGUUCAAAACAUUUGAGCUAUUUUACAAGGGAUUUUUCCGUAAACCAUGAAGAACCUCCCGUAAAAGAUGAUUUGCAAGAGGGCAUGAGCCAAAGGAGAAUCCUGCGAAAUUUAUUUAUUACUAGUUUAUGUUAUUUAUUCUUUUAUACUGGGUAUUGGUGCCUUGGAGGUCUGCAAAGUACAAUGAAUAGUAAUGAUGGCAUAGGCGAUGAUUCACAAGCAGUCAUCAAUGGUAUGUCUCUACUUUCAUCACUUUUCUUACCAGAUUUUUUGAUCGCCAAAUUCGGCAGCAAGAAGGUACUGACAGCAUGCACGCUGCUGGGCUGUCCUUAUUUAGCCGCCAACAUGUACCUGCGAUGGGACACGAUGAUAGUGACAUCUGUACUGUACGGUCUGAUGAAUGGACCUUUCGUAACUGCCCAAGCUGUGUAUAUAGAAGAACUCGCGUCCCGUUUUGAAAAAAGCGUUAAUCAAAACAUUGAAGUAGUUAUGGUUAGUUUCUUUGGAGUUUUUACUUCUUUCACGGAAUCAACAUACAUUUUUGGUAAUAUCCUCGUUUACUAUGCUUUGAAACCAAAUAGAGUCAAUAAUACCUUUAUUAACGAAUCAACGACUGAUGAUUGCGGAUAUUACUUCAAGCCUUACGAUAAUGUCACGAAUUCCAAUUUGGAUCCUCCUCUGGAGAGCCAAAGACAGCUUUUGGUCGGUACCUUUGCCAUUUUUGGAAUUCUUUCAGCUCUCAUCCUUGCUUUGUUUUUGGAUCCUUUGAAGAACGAUUUGAAAGAAGGUAGUGGAGGCAAUUUUAUUUUGAACCAAUUUCUCUCCGCUGUAAAGCAUCUGAGAAACCCGCAUCAAAUUCUAUUAGUUCCUAUUUCUAUUUAUAUUGGAAUGGAGGGUCCAUUCUAUGCAAAUGAAAUUACCCAGGUGAGUUAA